AUGGCCCUGCUCCACCCUACCCUACCCCUGCCCCUUUUCCAUACCCCUGCCCCUGUUCCAUACCCUGCCCCUCCACCUUACGUACCUGUUCCUCCACCGGCCCCUUCUCCAACAUUAAUUCCACUUCCAUACCCACCUCCACAACCUCCCACUCCAUCAUAUUACAUACCAACAUUUCCGCCACCUGUUCCUCCUCAGCCUACUUACAUACCCCAGCCAACUUACAUACCCCAGCCUACUUACAUACCCCAGCCUCCUGCCCCUUACCCUAGGCCUACUUUCCCAACAAGAUCUCCCCCAGUAAUAGUACCUGAACCCUCUUGUCCACCAGUCAACCCAAAUACUUCAGAUAAGCUGGGGAACUUAAAGAUAGUUCUGUCACAGGCUGGAAAUUGCAAAAACACGGGAUGCAGCAACAGAUGCAGGAGACCCAGGAGAGAGAAGUGUACCAUCGACUACGACACCCUGCUCAUGCGUCUGACCUUUGUAGAGGAGAAACUGAGGGACCUGGAGAAGAUAGAGGCCAGGCUGAAGAUCUCCAUAGUGAUUCUACAAAGCAUCAAAAACGAUCCCAGAUUUCCAGGAUCUGUUGGAGAGACAGGCGCCGCCGGGGUCAAAGGACCUCGCGGUUCGAAGGGCCCCACAGGAUACCCAGGAGUCAACGGGAUCUGCGUAACAAGAGCCUCACAGGAAACCCAAGCCCCAGGGCCCCGGGCCGAGAGGUCCCCCAGGUGGGAACAAAGGGGACCCAGGUGGUUACCCAGGGGAUAA